AUGAGUAAAUUAAGUAGUUUUAAAGCCUUAAGUCUUCUUUCUAGUCGGGCCGAAACAAUAUCUAAGAUUUAUCUUGGUGAAAUUGAUAAUCAACAAGCCAUUUUGCUUUUGAACAAAACACCCUUUCUAGAUAGUGUUCCAGAAGCUUUGGAGGAAACGGCGUCCAAUACGAACGAUAUAUACUCUUAUGGCACAGUUUCUAUCAACGACACAGUCAAGUACACAAUUAUACAUCCAGCUACGCCAGCUCUAAUUAAAAAGUAUACGGAAAGCGACCAUGUCAUAGUUAAGGAGUCCUAUGCCCAUUAUAAAGAGGCCGUGCUGCCUUUAGCACUUAGUAAGGGCCCGAGUUCUCUUUGGAUUGAGAACCUCUUUACUGAGGCGGCAGGGAAAAAGGCUCCUUAUUUAACUAGCAUGAACGAGCACUUGCUCUACAUCGACCCGGAUUUCCUUAUCUGCCCAGAUCUUAAGUGGGAUCGGGUCAACUUAGACUCACUCUACUUAGUAGUUCUCUUCAAGGACGCAUCGCUUUAUACAAUUCGAGAAUUACAGGCGCAGCACAUACCAUUGCUAAAAAGGGUCAUUAAGGCCGUAGAAAAGGUCUUGAGCACAUACGGACUUGAUCUCAACCAAAUCAAAAUGUACUUCCACUACUACCCCACUUUCUACCGCUUGCACAUCCAUGCAUCGGCUCUGAAGACUCUUUGGAAGGGCACUACAAUAGGAUCGGCUAUUAUGUUGCAAGAUGUCAUCCAGAACCUUACAAUCUGCUCAGAUUACUACAAACGAGUUGAGCUAGAGAUAUCAAUCUCGACUGCUUCUUAUCUCUACCCUGUUUACCAGCCGGAGCACAGUAAAUAA